CUUCCAUCACCCGGACAUCUGCGUAAGAAUAACGGGAGAGCUAAGGUUUCAAUGGGCGAACCGCCAGUGUGUGGCGCGCACCCGUCUGUACCGAUCGCACGCUGCCCGGGUCGGUUAUACCACGUGAUGAACUUUACACGCAAAGUGUUCAACUGAAAUUAAAUAACGUCAAUUGCUAACACCGCAGAAAUCAUUCUAUUCUUAUUUAGUGUCAUGUGGAAAUCUCCGGGCUUAAUACAUGACGGUUGUUCAGAGCGAUAGAAAGUAUGCAGGAGUCGCGCUGGUCUCUGUAUUUACUCGCUAUUUUCAUGUUAGGACUUGAUUCAAAGCUCGUUGGUCAAGCGUUCCAGCCAGAGUUUGCCGAGCCCAUAACCAAUUUGACGGUCAGGAUCGGCCGAGAUGCCACGUUCAGAUGUUUGGUACAUAAUCUCGGAGGAUAUAGGGUCGGGUGGGUAAAGGCCGACACUAAGGCUAUCCAAGCAAUACACGUUCAUGUGAUAACUAAUAAUCACAGAGUGGGCGUAUCCCAUAACGGACAGACUGUUUGGAAUCUGCACAUUAGAAACGUGCGUGAGGAGGAUCGGGGGCAAUACAUGUGUCAAAUCAAUACUGACCCAAUGAAAAGCCAGAUGGGCUACUUAGACGUAGUAAUCCCGCCGGACUUCGUAGCAGAGGAAACGUCAGGUGACGUAAUGGUACCUGAAGGAGGAACCGUCCGGGUGUCAUGUCGCGCCCGGGGAGUGCCUGCACCGAGAGUCAUGUGGAAACGAGAAGACAGUUCCAGUAUUGUCUUGAGAGAAGCGGAUGGAUCGAAAAAUAAAGUGAGCUUGUAUGAAAACGAAGUUUUGACUCUAAACAAGAUCUCCCGCUCCGAUAUGGGUCCGUAUUUGUGCAUCGCGAGUAACGGCGUACCACCCUCAGUGAGCAAGAGGAUUAUGAUCAAAGUUCAUUUCCAUCCUGUUAUCCAAGUUCCAAACCAACUCGUUGGUGCUCCUCUUGGAACUGACGUUACACUUGAAUGCUACGUGGAGUCCUCGCCUAAGUCUAUUAACUACUGGGUUAGAGAUUCAAAUGAAAUGGUGAUUUCUUCAAAUAAAUACGAAGUCAUCAAUACAGUGAUCAGUUCAUUCGAGAGUCGCAUGGUGUUAACGGUACGCAAACUUUCGGUCGACGAUGUUGGCGGCUACAGAUGUGUUGCUAAAAACUCGCUCGGUGAAGUCGACAGCGUUAUAAGACUUUACGAAAUACCUGGACCAUCUUCGGGAAUUACCGUUGCGUCGACUAGAAAUGAAGAGUAUAAAUAUUCAACUCCUAUCGAAGGUCCUGACAAUCAGUUCGGAUCAGCUGAAAGAUCGGAUGACGAAGACGAAAAAGAACCUAUUACUGAUGUGUUAAAAACAGAAAAUAAUUCCCUGAACAACGAAAGUAUUACCAAAGCUUUUCCUAAUACAACAAAUACAAUUACCAAACAAAAUUUGAGUAAUAAAGUACGCAAAAUUAUAAAUAAACUUGAGAACGAAGCACGAGAUAUCGUGUCUAAUAACGGUUUGAACCAUUCCAUAUCAAUUUGUAGAAUUACCUCUGUAAUUUUUGCUAUAAUUUACCUCUCAUAAUUUAUUUUAUUCUAUAUUUUCUAUAUUAAAAAAUAUAAUAUAUGCAAUAUUGUAGCCUGCGUAAAACUAUUGAAA